AUGAUCCCAAACUGGGACCCAGCUACAGAGAAAGCUCUCGUACGAAAGAUCGACCUACGCAUCUUCCCCGUCAUGAUCGUUCUCUUCAUUCUCAAUUUCAUCGACCGCAACAACUUCGCCAACGCCCGCCUCAGCGGCCUCGAAAAGGACCUCAAGCUCACUGACGUCCAGUACCAGACCUGCAUCUCCGUGCUGCUCAGCGGCUACGUUGCUAUGCAGAUCCCCUCCAACAUGAUUCUGAACAAGCUUAAGCGACCAAGCUGGUAUCUAUGCGGCUGCGUCGCCGUCUGGGGCGUCAUAUCGGCGGCAACUGGUGCUGUGAGAGGCUUCUCCAGUGCAGUGGUCUGCCGUUUUCUUUUGGGUUGCGUCGAAGCCAGCUUUUUCCCCGGGAGUUUGCUAUUCCUGUCGCGUUGGUACAAUCGGAGAGAGAUGCAGCUCCGUGUCACGAUAUUGAACAGUGGAAACCUGGCAGCGCAAGGGUUCGGUGGAUUGAUCGCUGCGGGGAUUCUUGCUGACAUGGAAGGUGCCGCUGGAUUACGCGCCUGGAGGUGGCUCUUCAUCGUCGAAGGUGCUGUCACCGUUGCUCUCGCUGGGGUCGCCCUCUUCGUUCUGCCGGACUACCCCAAAACAACAAGUUGGUUAACGGAAGAAGAGAGGCGAGUGGCGCAGGAUCGUUUGGCGCUUGAUGAGGGGUUGGCUGGAGGAUCUGCCGAAGAUGAAGAUGUGACCGCCAUGCAAGGACUAAUCAUGGCGUGCAAGGAUGUCAAGGUAUGGCUUUUGGGGCUGGCAUACCAUGCGACAAUAAUGGGUUUAAGCUUUGUCUUCUUCUUUCCGACCAUCACGCAAGGACUUGGGUACGGCCAAACAGUGACACUGCUGCUGACAGCGCCGCCUUGGAUGUUCGCUGUAUUGGUGUCGCUGCCAAAUGCCUGGCAUGCUGACAAGACGGGAGAACGAUUCUUUCACUACUUUGUACCGCUCUUGACGUGUAUGGUCGGAUACAUCAUAUCUGCCACGACGACGACCACGGCCCCGCGUUACGUCUCUUUGUUUCUCAUGACUGUGGGAUUUGCAUCCGGAUUCGUCAUUCUUGCCUGGAUAUCCAAUACAAUACCCCGCCCAGCAGCCAAGAAAGCCGCCGCGAUCGCAAUGGUCAACGCAAUGGGCAAUAUCGGGAGCAUUCCUGGUUCAUAUAUCUGGCCGGCUAAGUACGGUCCGUACUACGUUGAAUCGUUUGGUGCAGAGAUCGCAUUGCUUGGCUUCGCUGCGAUUGCUGCUCUUGGGUUACGGUUCUACCUCCGUGCGCAGAACAAGACGCUUGAUCGUGAAGAGGCAAUGCAAGACUCUGUUGAGGCUGGUGCCAAGGAAUUUGUGGGAUAUGAUGGCAUGACUGAGGUCAAGAGCUUUCGUUAUUUGUAUUAG